AUGGCUCUCGCAGUGAAGGCACCAUCCGUUGCACCGUCAGGAGCCGUGUUCGUCGAUGAAGCCGACGGCAAUGCCGCCUUCGGGACUGGCGAGUCUUCUCGGCCUAACUUUUCGGCCACGCAGAAGAGUCCCGGGACUAUAGGGAACCCCGAAGGCAAGAAGAUAGAUUUCAACAUGAUGACUUUCGGCUCGCUCCCCAACUACAACGAUCGUGUCAUCACGACUAGCACCGGCACCCAUAAGAUCAACUGGGGGAGUUCCGCCGGAGUUAGUGUCGACAGAGCUCUUUGGCUGGGAAGGAUAGGCGGCGACAACAUUACCAUCGAAAGGUUCGAGAAGGCGCCCAGUUCUGCACGGCUAUCUAAAAGGUCACUAGGUACUGUUUAUGACGACUACCUCGAGCUGACAUUCCACGAAAUAAAUCAACAGUAUUAUGACUAUGACAUGUACAUCCAACUCCACUGGACGUUGCUUGAUCGAUCUGGUACAACAACUAGCGGCGUCUUUGCCGUCUCCAACGGCACUUCCGGGUCCUCGGAAUACAGCGCUGCGGCAGACAGAAUCGGAAAACUAACGGCAGGUGACGACAACAAUGCCGACCGCGAACUCAACGGCGUGGAAGACGACGAUUCGACGUCAUCCGCAGACCCCAUUUCGACCGCGGUAACAGCUAGCCCCUCAGCGACCGCCACAGGCAGCGCAUCAAUCUCGACCCUCGGCGCAAGCGCCGGCGAUAGCGGCGGCGGCGGCGGGUCUAACCUCCCUGCUGGUGCCAUCGCCGGUAUUGUCAUCGGCUCGGUGCUUGGCAUCUCUCUCAUCGCCUUCCUGAUCUGGUUCUUCCUCCGUCGGCACCGUCGCGCGGACCAUGUGUCGAACGGCGCAUACGACUCCGGCCACAGCCCCCACCAGUACCUCACCGAUAAGGAGACUCACGCCCGCGUCACCGAGUCACCGCACUCACCCUACUCGGACGACGGGCAACAACCUCAACACCCGCCUGGGCAGCACCACCGCAUCCAGCUGGAUGACCCGGAAGCCGUUGCCCCCGCCUCCGCCGUAAGCGGUACGGAACGCCAUCCCUUGGCGCCGUAUGGCGAGGAGGAGCACACGCCCAUCGCUGCCAGGUCGGUGGAGGACAUGACCCGGAACGGCGCACGCUCAUCGACGCCAAACGUCAACACAAACGUUUCGCAUCUGAUUGAGGAUGGCAUGACGGAGGACGAGAUCCGGCGUCUAGAGGAGGAGGAGCGAGCGUUGGACGAUGCAAUCGAGCAGGCUGGUCAGGGCCAAGGCCAGAGCCAGGGGCAGGGGCAGCGCCGGUAG